CUUCACAUACAUCAAAGAAGAAAAGAAAUAGAGAGAGAUGGCAAUUAUCCCUCCGAAUCCAGACAUGCAAGACCUCAAGGUGACAUUCCAAGAAUCAACCCUAGUUUUCCCUUUGCACCAAACCAACAAAAGAUCUUUGUUCCUCUCCAACAUAGAUCAGAUGCUUAACUACAACAUCCCCACCGUCUACUUCUUCGCCGCCAACCCCGAUCACCCGCCGCAUCUUGCCGCCGCCAGACUCAAAUUGGCGGUGCAGAGAGUUCUCGUGCACUACGAUUUUAUGGCGGGGAGACUCAAGCUCAACCCCGACACCACCCGCCUCGAGAUCGACUGCAACUCCGCCGGAGCUGGCUUCGUCCUGGCUUCCUCCGAUUUCUCGCUCCACCAGAUAGGCAACUUGGUCCAUCCCAACCUCGGAUUCCGCCACCUCGCUGUCCAAACCCUGGACAACGUCGAUUCCGAUAAUCAGCCGCUCUUUAUUCUUCAGGUGACGUCUUUUAAAUGCGGUGGUUUGGCGAUCGGACUGUGCGUGAAUCACAUCUUAUUGGACGGCAUGAGCGCCAAGGGUUUCAACCAAAACCUAGCUUCUCAGGCUUUCGACGACGAGCCAUUGGCGGUGGUCCCAUGUUUCGACCGCCGCCUCAUGACCGCCAGGUCUCCACCAAGACCAGCUUUCAACCAUCCCGAGUUCUUCAUGCCCGACCUCGCCCUCCUCUCGGGCCCCCCAGUUUUCGACUGCAAGAGAGAGGAACUGGAGUACAGAGUAUUCCAAUUAAGCCCUAGCCACAUCAAGUUGUUAAAGGAAAUGGCCGAAUCAGAAACCAGAAUCAGCAGCUUGAGCGUGGUGGUGGCGCUUGUCUGGAAGUGCAAGGCCUUGUCGAAGCAGGAGGGCGGCAAGGAGAGGGUGUCCACUCUGCUGAACGUGAUCGACCUCCGCCCCAGGCUGCAGCCCCCCCUGCCGCCGACCUACUGCGGAAACGCGCUGCUGGUUGCGUACGCGUCUGCCACGUGUGAAGACAUUGAAAGGCUGGAGUUCAGGGAGAUGGUGAAGAUGGUGGCGGAGGGGCCCGCUAGAGUGACGGACGACUACGCUAGAUCGGCCAUUGAUUGGCUGGAAAUCAAUAAGGGGCUUCCGUGUGGAGAGUAUAUGGUGAGUUCUUGGUUGAGGUUGGGAUUUGAAGAGGUGGUGUUUCCGUGGGGGAAGGCGCUGCACUCCGGCCCCGUCAUCAGCCACCGCAAGGAUAUCUGUUGGGUGUUUCCCACGGAUGAUGGAAUCAAUGCGUUGGUUUCGCUGCCGUCACCGGAGAUGGACCGUUUCGAGGCCUGUUUCCGGAACUUCUUUGCGCCGGAAUCUGAUCGUGCCGAUGUUUAGAUUCCGAUCGCUGCAUCGUAGAAUCUGUUUUAACGUUCUGUGCUGGUGUUAGUUUGUUGGUUGGUUUGUUGUUGUCAUAUAAGUAUAAAUAAAAUAAAGUCAACUACUGUGGGGUGUAACUUUAGUUGAAUAAAAUGAAAUUCCUUGCUAA